AUGGGUUCUCUUAGCGAUGCAGUUCCUCUCGGGGGAUAUCGAAAGAAAUAUUACAUGAUAUUAGCAACGGCGGCAGGUGUGCUGGGAGUGUGUCUUCUUGCUUUUGUGUCGGACUCAUUCAGCACGGAACACGUCUGGCUUUCUAGCGUCUCUGUCUUCCUUAUAUGCUUUCAAUUAGCCACUUGCGAAUUAAUGUGCGCUGGUAUGUACAGCGAGCUCAUGUCAAGUAAUGCUGCAGUCAAAUCCGAUUUCGUCAUUUUCGCCUUUUUCAACUAUACAGUCGGCAACCUCUUCGGCCGUGGUAUCUCCGGCUUUAUCACUGAUGCGACCAAUGCCCAGACUGUCUAUCGCGUGGCUCUGCCUUUUGCUGCACAGGUGCUGAUUCCCCUUACACUCAACUUUAUUCCAGAAAAACGUGGAUCCUUCCGUGUGGCGACUGAAAAGCUACUAGAGAACCGAAACAUGUUUCUCAUGGCCCUCAUGGUUGCCACUGUUUCUGUAGGUCUAGCAGUCGUGAGUUUGACUUCGAUGGAGUGGUUGGCGUUUUGUUACGGUAUUUUCGCGUUCGUAUUCUUGUCGGUGCUUUUGUUCCACACGCUUACACCCCAAAUGGCUAGGUGUAACCUGUACCUCUUUUGCUGGGCUGCUGGAAACAUAUCCAUAUCCGGGGCUCUGGAUUACUUCUUCACUGCCUCUCCUGUAUGUCUGCCAGAUGGCCCCCACUUCGAUUACAAAUACUACUCGACGUACACCGCAUUGCUUGGGACAGUCGCAACACUGGUAGCCUUGUGGGUUUUCCAUAACUUUCUACUCGACUGGACCUAUGUCCAGAUGGCUUGGGUGACAUCUGUUGUGAAGGCGGUGGCAGCUCUGUUUGACUAUAUUAUCGUACGCCGGCUCAAUGUGCGGGCAGGCAUUCCAGAUUCUGCCAUCUACUUCUUUGGUGACGCGAUUGUCGUCAACCUGAUCCGUACUCUUCAUAACGUGCCAGGGUAUAUUUUGACUUCAAAGCUCUGUCCUCGCGGUCUGGAGGUAACCGCUUAUGCCAUUCUAGAUGGCAUCAGCUACGCCGGAUAUAAUAUAGCAGCUCAAGUAGGGGCAUUCGUAAUAAGCAAAGCGAAUGUGGCCACUACGGAGGCUGAAGGUUGCGACUUUUCCAACCUCGGGACGCUCGUCAUUGCAACACAGGUGGCUGCCCCCAUUCUCCUUGCGCCGUUUGCGUUCCUUUUGCUUCCUCGUGUCCCUAUUUCAGCGCAGUUCCCUGCCGUCGUGAAUAGAGCACCCCACGAUCAAGAACAUCAAGGCGCGCUCGAGCCAGGGGGUACGGUAGAACUGGUUGAGGAUGAAAGCCACGUACUGCAUCAACGUGUUUGCAAUCGCGCUACCUCAGAUCCUCUAGUGGAAGCUCGGGGCAAAUCCAGGACAUUGCCAGCAUUCCGUCACGCGAACUCGUUGCCAACAGAGGAUACCCGCCAACCGGACCAUUCCACAAAAGACACUUGGGAUACCUCCGCUACCGAGGAACGAAACUCGCCGACACCUACGACAAUUUCUUUGCAUGGAGAUGGUUGA